UUUGACACUUCACAGACGCAUAACAAAACGUUUUUAAGAAAAAUUCACAAAUCGCAUUUUAAUUUAUGAUAAAAGUUUGAAAGAAAAUUAAUUACAAGGAAAAACCAAGUAGAAAAUAUUAAAAUGCCAUCUUUAGAAACCGAAGUUCCACCCAAACAACCCGAUGAAGAAAUUGAGCCAGUACAAAAGACCCUAUCGGGUCCAAUAAUUGGCAUCAUCUAUCCUCCACCGGAGGUUAGAAAUAUCGUUGAUAAAACUGCAAGUUUCGUUGCAAGAAAUGGACCGGAGUUCGAGGCGAGAAUUCGCCAAAACGAACUCGGUAAUCCAAAGUUUAAUUUCUUAAGCCCUGGUGAUCCAUACCAUGCUUACUAUCGCCAUAAGGUUAAUGAAUUUAGGGAAGGAAAAGACACCGGUCAAGCAUUAGUCCCCGGGCUUAAACAACUCUCAGUGACCACUGCUGCUCAACAAAAGCAGCAGGAACUACUUAAACAAGUUGCCGAGCAACAAUUUAUCCCCAAGGAACCACCUGUUGAGUUUGAAUUCAUCGCCGAUCCACCAUCAAUCUCCGCACUCGAUUUGGACAUUGUGAAGCUGACUGCUCAAUUUGUAGCUAGAAACGGUCGUCAAUUCUUGACUAAUCUCAUGAACCGCGAGCAGAGGAACUACCAAUUCGAUUUCUUGCGUCCGCAACAUUCGUUGUUUCAAUAUUUUACCAAACUUCUGGAACAAUACACCAAAAUUCUAAUCCCACCAAAGGACCUGAUGUCAAAAUUGAAAAUCGAAAGCACUCCGAACAGAAUGAGCAUGAACUUGGUGUUGGAUCAGGUCAAGUAUCGAGCCAACUGGCAAAGACAUCAGGAAAUACAAAGACGCCGUGAAGAGGAGAAAAUCGAAAAAGAAAGAGUGGCUUAUGCUCAAAUUGAUUGGCAUGAUUUUGUUGUGGUGGAAACGGUCGACUAUCAGCCCUUCGAAACGGGCAACUUUCCACCACCAACAACUCCCGAAGAAGUUGGAGCCCGUGUUCUGAUGGAAGAACGUCUGAUGGAAGAAGACGGCGACAUAGAAAUGCAAAUUGAAUCCGACGACGAUGACGCCCACGAAGUUGUGCCCACUGUCAAACUAUCACACAUGGAAAAUCGCACCGGCAUCCACCACAAAGUCCCGACGUCGGUGUUCUCCCAAUCCAAGAAAGAUAACAACCAAGUCCAGGACAUGGAUGAAGCUUCGAGUGAUGAGGACGCUCCAAUUAGUAAAGUCCAACCUCCGGUCACACCCAUGUUGCCACCAACUCACGACAAAGUGGUCGUCAAGAAAUACGAUCCAAAACAAACCCAGAAACCUGUCAAAGCGGCUCCAACCGAUGAGUUUCUCAUUUCUCCAAUCACUGGCGAACGGAUUCCGGCUUCCAAAGUGGCCGAGCAUAUGCGUAUUGGAUUGCUUGAUCCUCGCUGGGUGGAACAACGCGACAAGCACACAGUGGACAAAAUCAACCAGGACACUGUUUUUGCGGCAGGCACUGCCAUCGAGGCUAGUUUGAAGCAAUUGGCCGAGAGACGUACCGAUAUCUUCGGUGUGGGCGAUGAAGAAACUGUUAUUGGUAAGAAGCUGGGCGAAGAGGAGACUAAAAAGGACGACCGUGUUACCUGGGAUGGUCACACAUCGAGCGUGGAAGCAGCAACCAGAGCAGCCAGAGCCAAUAUUACCUUGGAAGAUCAAAUUCAUCAGAUUCAUAAAGUCAAAGGACUCUUACCGGACGAGGAGAAGGAGAAAAUCGGACCCAAACCGGCUGCGAACAAGUCAAUUCUGUCGGCUCCUCCUCAACCACCAUCUCAGCAUCAAGCGUCGAUCAGCGCCCAACCAAAGUCGAUUUCUGGGCCACCAGUUUCGGCUCAAUCGAAUAUGCAGCCUAUUCCUCCGCCUGUACCGGUUAUGAUGAUGCAAAUGCGUCCUCCACCUUUGAUGCCCCCACCAUUUCAGGUUGGCUACAUGCCUUCCAUGCAACCAGGAGCUCCACAAAUUGCACCUGCUCCUCCGGUCAUGGAUCAAGGCAACAUGAUGAUGCCUAUUCCAAUUCCUAUCGAAGAGGAACCACCAAAUAAGAAACUCCGUUCCGAGGAUCAUCUUAUUCCCGAAGCUCAAUUUAUAAGCAUGCAUAAGAGUCCCGUUACGAUUCAAAUCCAAAUUCCAAAUAUGACCGAUAAGUCCGAAUGGAAACUCAAUGGACAAACUGUUGCGAUUUCUUUGGCUUUGACCGAUACCGUGUCAAGUUUGAAAUCAAAGAUUCAAGAUGAAACUGGAAUGCCUCCAGCUAAACAAAAGAUUUCCUAUGAGGGAAUGUUCUUCAAAGAUAGCAACACAAUAGCUUUCUAUAAUUUACUUAGUGGAACAACAGUUUAUCUGCAAAUCAAGGAACGUGGUGGACGUAAGAAGUAAACAAAAGAAAGGUCAUAAUUAUUUUUUUGUUUUGAUAUUCAGAAAUAUACUUUCAAAAUAGAAAUGGUGGAUACAAAAUGUU